CGCCCAUGACAACAUAUGAGAAGGUCCAGACAUUUGACAAAGUUUAGUGACAAAAACUCAUGAAUCAUACGCUAUGUGAGAACACAUUUAUAGGCAGAGCAUAGGCGCGCUCUAAACUUCGCUCAUCCACACUCACUUGAAGUACCGCGCAGCAGAGCAGCAGGGAAGUGCUGUGGUCUCUCGAUCUUUUGGGAAAAUAAAAGAUGGUAUCAGCUCUAACUCGUCUGCUGCUCAUCACCUGCGUGAUUCUACCUUUCAAUGGAGCAGAGAAAUUGAGAAAGGCACUUGACAGGAAGGAUGUUGAAUACGAAAAGUGUACUGGAAACGAUGCAGACAAACCAAACUGCACCAGAAUCGCUGCUGAAUCCGAUUCAAGAACCUCUUAUUUGAACAACAUGUACAACAGCUGCCCCCAGGGUCCGGCUGGCACCCCUGGCAGGGAGGGUAACCCUGGCACCAAUGGCAUCCCUGGGACCCCUGGCAUCCCGGGGCGCGAUGGCAUCAAGGGGGAGAAAGGAGAGUGUGUGAGUGAGGUGUUUGAGGAGCCCUGGAAACCCAACUACAAGCAGUGUGCCUGGAACUCACUCAACUAUGGGAUCGACUUGGGCAAGAUAGCUGACUGUACAUUCACCAAGCUGCGUUCAGACAGUGCUCUGCGUGUGCUCUUCAGCGGCUCCCUGAGGCUGAAGUGUAAGACAGCCUGCUGCCAGCGUUGGUACUUCACCUUCAACGGAGCUGAGUGUACAGGACCUCUGCCCAUUGAGUUCAUCAUCUACCUCGACCAAGGCAGCCCUGAGCUCAACUCUACCAUCAACAUACACAGAACCUCAUCAGUUGAAGGGUUGUGUGAGGGGAUCCGGGCAGGCCUGGUGGACGUGGCUAUCUGGGUGGGGACCUGUGCUGACUACCCCAGAGGAGACGCAUCUACAGGGUGGAACUCUGUAUCCAGGGUCUUCAUAGAGGAGCUGCCCAAAUGAGGACAUCUUUAUUAAGUGAUGGGACCAGGUCCCAUAGAGAAAGAACCCCUAACAAUCCUUCUGAAGCCUUUGACUACAUAUCAGUUUAGUUUCUGGAUGGGUUCCUAGUCUUUGACAAUGUCCUCUGGCCAAUCAGACAACUUCAGUUGUGGCUAAAUCCUACUACAAUAUCACUGAUGUUCACUUGAAUGUUUUGUACUACAGCACCUGGGUAGGGUCUAGUUUAUUGGCCACCUGAAAUUAGAUGUAUUCCUCAUUAGUCCCAUUCCUGUUUAAUAAGGCAAGAUUUUGAAUUACUGUCAAUUAAGUCAUAUAUUAUAUGAAUCAUGCAUUGUGUUACUCAUUACACUAUAACAUGUUUUCCUAUCGGAUAUAUGUUUUUUGAAAAUUGGUGAAUUCAUAAAGAAAUGCAUGGGUAGAUAUAUUUUUCAAGUGACAAGUUAACACGACACAGCUUUAAAAUUUUAUCUGAAGCAAAAAAAGCUAACAAAUGUUUUCCUAUCAGAGAAGAACAUCAUUUGAACAUUGGUUUAUGCAUUACCAGGUAAAUGAAUAAAGAAAUGCAGGUGUUAAUCUCUUUUUCCAAGUGAAAAGUGAACACAGGACAGCUGUUAAAUGUAAUCUGAAGCUACAAAAAGCUAACAAAUGUUUUACUAUCAGAGAAGUUUUGUUGAACAUUGGUUUAUGCAUGACCAGGUGAAUUCAUUAAAAAAUGAAUGUGUUCAUAUCGUUUUGAAAUGACAAGUGAACACAGCAAAAUGUAAAAUGAUCUGAAAUGAAAAAGCAACAUAAAGCAUUAAACUUUAGUAGAACAUUUUAUCUGAAAAUGAACUAAUGCCAAUUCAACACUGAUAUUUCAGAUUAAGACUUCUGAAAUUAACAUUAUUUCAAAACGGUGCAA